CUGCACUAUGGAACCCUCAUGGGCAGCAGAGCUUGUGUCAAAAUGGCAGCAGCUGCCUGGGGCAGUGGUUUUCUCUAUGCUGUACUGCACACUGCUGACACAUUUUCAAUACCACUCUGCCAAGGCAACACAGUGGACCAGUUCUUCUGUGAAAUUCCCCAGAUCCUCAAGCUCUCCUGCUCAGACGCCUACCUCAGGGAAGCUGGGCUUAUUGUGGUUAGUAUCUGUUUAGCUUCAGGGUGUUUCGUUUUCAUUGUGCUGUCCUACGUGCAGAUCUUCACUGCUGUGCUGAGGAUCCCCUCUGAGCAGGGCCGGCACAAAGCAUUUUCCAUGUGCCUCCCGCACCUGGCCGUGGUUUCCCUAUUUGUCAGCACUGUCAUGUUUGCCCACCUGAAGCCCCCCUCCCUCUCUUCCCCAUCUCUGGAUCUGAUGCUGGCUGUUCUGUACUCGGUGGUGCCUCCAGGCACCAGGCUGGUGGUGCUGCUCUGCAGAGUGAGCAAGCUGUGGAGCCACGGGAGCUCAGGCAAUGCUGGUCAGGGCAGGAAUCAGACCCAGCCGGACAGGGAUCACCACCGCUGA